UCUUUUUCACUGUUUUCAUCGGAGCAAAGCUUGUUUCUCUGUUCCUCUUAUAAACCCCAACAAGAAGAGACACAGAGAGACAGAGAAACAUUACUGAAUCUGCUCAAGAAUUGAGUAGAAACAAAUAACAGGGCAGAUCAAAAAAGCUCUGAACCAGUGUAUUUUGUCCAUCAAUGGCGUCUAAAUUGGUUCUGAUUAUAGUUAUUGUACUCGAUGUUAUUGCUUUUGGCCUGGCCGUUGCCGCUGAGCAAAGAAGAAGCACUGCCAACGUUGUACCAGAUAGUGAAAAGAAUUACAACUAUUGUGUGUAUGACUCCGACGUCUCGACAGGCUAUGGUGUCGGUGCUUUUCUACUUCUCAUGGCUAGCCAGGCCCUCAUAAUGGUAGCUAGCCGAUGUUUUUGUUGCGGGAAGUCGUUAAGUCCAGGAGGUUCAAGGGCGUGGGCUAUUAUCCUAUUCAUAAUCUGCUGGGUGUUUUUCUUCAUUGCCGAGGUUUGCUUGUUCGCGGGUUCGGUAAGGAACGCCUACCACACCAAGUACCGAACCAUGUUUGGUGACAAUCCUCCGUCGUGCCAAACUUUGAGGAAGGGAGUUUUCGGUGCAGGUGCGGCCUUCAUUUUCCUUAAUGCCAUUGUAUCAGAACUCUACUAUGUAUUCUACUCGAAGGCGAGGGAAAGCUUCCUUCCCUACGGCGGAGAAACGGGCGUUGGUAUGGGAACCUACAAAUGAGUGUACGUAUAGUCAAAUCUAAUAGGAUCGAAGCUCCCGGUCCGAUAUUGAGAUAAUUUUGCAUAUCAACUACUGGUUUUAGUUUAGGAAGAAUUAUCAGUAUCAGAAUUUUUAGUCUGUGAAGUUCUUUGUUUUCUCUUCCUUUUAACCACUGCUGCUGGGCUUUUCUUCUGUCUUUUUGGUGGAUUGUUACAUUUGUAUUGACAAUAAGAGAAACAUUGGUUGUCUUCCUAUAAAUAUUUGUAUCUUUUGUGAAACCUCAGUGGCAAUGAAUUCAUAUACUCUUCGGCUUGUC